UGUGUGUGUGUGUGUGUGUGUGUGUGUGUGUGUGUGUGUGUGGUUUCUCUCUCUCCCUUGUAAGAACACAGCUGCCUGUCCCCUGCUGUCACCGCUCCUCUGACUAGCUUCUUGCUGCCUCUUGCCUCUCCUUUCUGCUUAGCUCCCUGUCUUCUGAUACAUCUCCCAGUAUGGAGAUGAAUCAUUCUGUGCAGCUCUCAGGGGAACCCCAGUCAACACCUCCAGGAGACAGUUCAUCAUUACCCAGUCAAAAUGGCUUGGAGAAGCAAGAUGAUAAGGAUUCCUCAACCUCACUCCAAGCACCAGAAGGGAUAGCAGGUGUGCAGUCUAAACAGGGAGCUCAUGAUAUCUCUGAGGAGUUGAAUCGACAACUGGAAGACAUCAUUAACACCUAUGGGUCUGCUACUGAAAAAGAGGGUCCCACCAAGGCAAAGGAGCAGCCUGAGAACACAGAACCACCCGACAAUGAGGAUGGGGACUGUGAUGAGGCCACUGAAGAGACUGACAGAGAACCCAUGGCUUCUGGAGAGCUGGCCACAGCCAAAGAACCUAUCAGCAAUAAAGAGCAAAAAUUGGAAAAGAAAAUCCUAAAAGGAUUAGGCAAAGAAGCCAACCUGCUAAUGCAAAAUCUGAACAAGUUGCAAACACCUGAAGAAAAACUUGAUUUUUUAUUCAAGAAGUAUGCUGAAUUGCUGGAUGAGCAUCGCACUGAGCAAAAGAAGUUAAAGUUCUUACAAAAGAAACAGGUACAAAUCCAAAAAGAAAAAGACCAGUUACAAAGUGAACACAGCAGAGCUAUCCUUGCUCGAAGCAAACUGGAGAGUCUAUGCCGGGAGUUGCAGAGACACAACAAGACACUGAAGGAGGAAACCCUUCAGCGAGCACGUGAGGAAGAAGAGAAGAGGAAGGAGAUCACCAGUCACUUUCAGACCACUCUGACAGAUAUCCAGGCACAGAUUGAACAGCAGAGUGAGCGAAAUAUGAAGCUGUGUCAGGAGAACACAGAGCUUGCAGAGAAACUGAAAAGCAUCAUUGAUCAGUAUGAGCUCAGAGAGGAGCAUCUGGACAAAAUAUUUAAACACAGAGAACUGCAACAGAAGCUGGUGGAUGCAAAGCUCGAACAGGCACAAGAGAUGAUGAAGGAAGCCGAGGAGCGACACAAACGUGAAAAGGAAUAUUUGCUGAACCAGGCAGCAGAGUGGAAACUUCAGGCCAAAGUACUGAAGGAACAAGAGACAGUCCUGCAGGCUCAGCUUACCCUCUACUCUGGAAGGUUUGAAGAGUUCCAGAACACACUAACAAAAAGCAAUGAGGUGUUUGCCACUUUCAAACAGGAAAUGGAUAAAACAACUAAGAAAAUGAAGAAGCUGGAGAAGGACACAGCCACGUGGAAAGCUCGGUUCGAAAACUGUAACAAAGCUCUGCUAGACAUGAUAGAAGAGAAAGCGCUGAGAGCUAAAGAAUAUGAGUGCUUCGUGAUGAAAAUUGGGAGGCUGGAGAACCUCUGUCGAGCUUUACAAGAAGAGAGAAAUGAACUCUACAAAAAAAUUAGAGACGCAAAAAUGCCUGAAAGGGAUGACCAAAGUCAGCACACCUCCGACGAAGAGCCCGAGUCUGCUGUGUCUGGGGGGGCAGGGGUUGAUGCCGAGGAAGUCAGUAGUGUUCACAAUGCUGUGAAAAAUCUGGCCACAGUCUUCAUGGCCAUUCAUCAUCCAGAGUCGACCCUUAACCAGUCCAAAGAAAUCCAACCAGAAUGUGGCAGUCCUCAAGAGGGUGGUGACUCGGCCCCCAAGGAGCCAGAACAAUCCUCUCUGGGCCCUUUAUGUCAUUCAGAGAGUUCCCUGCCUCCCCUAACUCCUCAGGCUGAAGCCAGAAUUGGCAAUGAGGCAGAAGUGCCUCCCAAGCCCAGUAAUCCCCCCGUGGGGUGGGGAGCAGAGGCCCAAGACUGGGGUCUCUUUGCAGCAGCCCAAGCUGAUCAGCAGCCCCAGAAGCCAGAGGCAAAAGCUUCCAGUCAGACCCCACAGUCCCCAGCUGAGGCUUCCCUACCAGUGAUGGAGGAAAGUGGUCCUGCUCCACCACCCACAGCAGGUGAGCCAAUUCCACCUGAGGUGCUUGCAUGUGGGCCCAGUGGGCCGCCACCACCACUGGAAGAAGCAGCAGAGGGGCUACCAGGAGGGCCCUCAGUGGGGCCUGGACAGCCCCCAGUGGCCGACACCAACCUGGAAGGAGUAGACUAAGCCUCAUGGUGCCUUCGGAAGCUAUUCUCCCUGACUUUACAUUUUCAUCAUAAGACUGUCUUCUGAAGAGGCGCUAAGGGCUAGAGAUGUCUAAGGGAAGAGACUUAAUUAGAAUCAAGACAUUUUUAAAUGUUAUGCAGAGCACAUUCAGCCUGUGCUAUUUGUUCUCAAUUUAUAACUGAUUUGGAGCUUUUCUGUGUAACGGAUUGACAGUAUAAUUUUCCCAAAUGGCAACAAAACACACAGAUAGGAAAUUCCUACUAAUUUUCCAUUGAGAUGGUAUUUAUUUCAAUUUCUUAAUCAGCAGUAAGAUUUGGUGUUUCAGGACUCCCACUAUAAUAUAUAAAUAUAGAAAAUGCAAUGUUUCAUUUAUUUCCCUAUACAGUUUUAAUAAGUUCUGUAGUAAGUAAUGGAUGUCCAGGUUCCAUUUAAACAUUAUAUACAUAAUAUAUGCAUAUAUGUGAAUAUACAUAUAUAUGUAUAUGUGUGAAUAUAUACAUAUGUGUGUGAAUAUAUACAUAUAUGAGUUUAUAUACCUAUAUGUGCAUCUGUAUAUUUUUAGUAUAUAUGUAUACAAAUAUGUGUGUGUAUAUAUAUAUAUAUACACAUAUAUAUAUAUAAAACACAUACAUUUCAUCCUUUUUUGGAGUUCUCUUGUGCAAAAUAUUUAGAUGAUAAUCAAAAAAGUAUCUCUUACUUGCUUGGGAUGAGGGUAGGCUAAUGCUCUAUGAAUCAGAAGUAGGUUCAGGAUUCAGGUCUUUAGGCCAUGUAAUGUUGGGCAAAAACAAGUAACCGGAUAUUGGGAGAUCAAUAAACCCAACCAAUGGAUCAAAUGACUGAACAGCAGUUGGGUUAGACUGUGAGUGUGCAAAACACAUAUAGACACAAAGAUGCCACAAGAAGUCGUAAACAGAAAAGGGGAACAGUCACAGCUGUAGACAGCUCACUUCUUCCAACUGCCUCUCAGACACAACUCAGCAUUGCCUUGCAGCUCCAUGUGGGGAAGCAGGCACUCAUGGCUACCUGCAAGGAGUAGCCUUCCCACUAGAAGUGGGAAAACAAGCAAGAGCGUAGAAGGAUUGAGGGUCCUCCAAUUGAGAUGAGGUUAUGCUCUUGCUCCCUGCCUCCUGUGCAUGGGAGUCUUGAGAAAGAAUGUUCACCUGGCCCUGCCAAGUCCCCAGUUCCCUCACUGUCUUCUAUUGCUCUGGAGAGAGAGUUUCCCACCAUUCUUGCUGUCACAGCUUUCAUCUAUAUUCUCAAAGCACCUGCACCUUUUUUGUAACCACUCCCCACCCUGGACUUUGCAGGAUAUUAUACCCGGCCCUCGUCUCAAUUAUUGCUAAGUAGAAGCUAUUAUUGUUCCAAAACAGAAGUCCACGCAGGGUCUCAAUAUGCAUGAUGAGGUGGCCAAACCAACAGGUUAUCUACUUUGCAGAAUUCUCUGCAAAGAACAAAGAACAAAUGGGUCCCUUCUCGAAAUGUCUUGAAAAAUAGAUGAGGAUUCAGAAGAAGGCAAAAGCUAGAGACACCUGGAGUGGUCCACAUGAGUAUUACAUUACCAUUGCUGGACAAGAACUUCUAAUAUCGCUGACAGCAUAAAUUAUUCGACUUAGGGGAGAGGGAGACUGGAACAAAAAAAAAAAAAAAAACAGGAAACAAGGGAGUGCAGGAGGACAAAGAAGGGAGAAGAGGGAGAAAAGGAAAAAAAGGUCUAACCCAGCCCUACCUUAAAAGUUGAAUUCAAGUAGAGAAAUGGAUAAAAGCAAGAUUCUUUACUAUUUAUCCAGAAAAUCAUUCUUCAGUGUCACAUGUGGCCGUCUGCCAAGGAAUACAAAGUGCUUGUAGGCAGCAACCAUAUGCUACAAGAAUUGUAAACUGCAUAAGAUUUGUUUAAAGAAGACUGUGAAGGUAAUGACAAAUGCUAAUCAGGAAAAAAGCAUAUCACUAUUGGAGAACCCAAAUAUUUUUAUUUAUUUUUUCCAUGUAUUUUUAAAGCUCAAAAUAUUAUAACCACAGAUGAUCUAGCCAAAUUCAACAUUACUGGAAAUCUUAGAGAUUUGAACAUUCAUUUAAUUCAGAGCCAAAUACUCACCAUAACAAUCCAGGAGGGUCUCCUUUCCUACUAUUUAUAGAAGCUAAACUUCCAAGAAUGGAGUAAGAUUAGAUAAUCAUAGUAAAGUCUCAGUCUGAAUGUUUAGCAAGAGAAACAGGCAGGAGAGGAGCCAAAAUCUGGUAAAUCAAAUAUUCUAAUACCCAAAGUUCAUGAUUUUUUUUUAAUCCAAAAAGCUUUCAGAGCAACACAUUACUCACUACUGUGUGUGUCUUGGGCAGAGUUUCAAUACAAUACCUUGCCUAAAAUUUGCAAAGCGUAAUAUAGGCUCUGGGAGGAUUAUUUUAAUAUUCAAAGAAUGUUUUAUUAUGGUCCUUUGUGUUAGAAUUCGGCCUUAUUAAUUAUAACAAUAACUCAUGGGACCUGAAGGAACAAGGAAUUUCUAUGCAUUAUCAAGUUCACGUAACUCUUUCUAGAGGUGUCAAGUCUACUUUCCAGAAACACCAGCAUUAUUUGUGUUUUCUUAAAUUAAAUAACUAUAAUUUAUGUAUAUUAAAGUUACUUCUCUUCCCGAAUGCUCACUUUUGUUACUUCUAUGUGUCAAUAAUACCUAACAAAGA